AUGUUGGCUAAUCAAGCUGCUUUGUCCCUCUUUGAUUCUGGCCGUGUGACGGGUAUCUCUGUGAAUGUAGGCCAUGGUAUCACCCAAGUUGUCCCUGUCUAUGAAGCUUCAACUAUAACAGAAGCUACUGUCCAUCAGAAUACUGCUGGUCUUGACUUGAGAGAUUACCUUAGAAGGAUCUUGACUGAACGUGGCUACAUGUAUGGUGACUCAGUGUCAGGGAACAAAAUAUUAGAUGACAUCAAAGAGGAGCUCUGCUAUGUUGCUCUAAACUUUGAACAGGAAAUGGAGGCUGCAGCCUCUUCUUCGGCUUUGGAAAGGGGAUAUAUAUUGCCUGAUAAACAAGAGAUCACCAUUGGCAACGAACGAUUUCGAGUCCCAGAAGCUAUGUUCCAGCCAGGUUAUAUUGGUAAGGAUGUUGCUGUUCAUGAAAUGACUUUUAACUCAAUCAUGAAAUGUGAUGAGAAAAUCCGGAAAGACCUUUUUGCCAACAUUGUGUUGUCCGGUGGUUCAACAAUGUUCCCAGGUUUUGCUGAACGUAUGCAAAAGGAAAUCAGUGCCUUGGCUCCACCUGACACAGAGAUUAAUAUCAUUGCUCUACCAGAACGUGAAUACUCUCCAUGGAUUGGUGGUUCUAGAUUGGCUAGUAAGAAUAUUUUAUCUGACUUAAAAAACAUAAACAUGGUUGCUUCUAUUGUUAUUGAUAAUGGAUCAUAUACAUGUAAAGCUGGUUUUGGAGGUGAAUAUGAAGACAGAACUGUGUUUCCUUCACUUGUUGGUUAUCCCAAACUUAAGCUUUUCAGUGAUAUAGAGUUCACAUUUACAUAUAGCAUGAACAAUCGGACUAGUAAUUCUGAAUAUUUUACUGCACAACAGACUAAUUAUCAAAGUCAGAAUUAUCAAGUGACUUCGGGUAGUAGUUAUGGUGUUAGAAGCAGUCAAAAGUGGCCUGCUAUUGCUCAGUCUAAAGAAGUUAUUGUUUUAUCCGAUUCUGAUUGA